ACAUCCCCCCCACACCCAACAGUUAAGACUUCCCAGCUCAGGCAACUUCUGUUUCCCACCAUUUCCCCCUGAAGUAGCAGGCCAAUGGUGAGGACUACCAUGAUGGCGAGGAACACCGACAUGCGCUGGCGCCUGCCACUGGUUUGCCUCCUCUGGGAGGUGGCCAUGAUUGUCCUCUUUGGCAUCUUUGUGCGCUUCAACCCUGAAGCUGAUGCAGCUGGGUGGGAGAAGGAGAAGCAUCGCAUGAACAUCACCAGCGAUGUUGAGAAUGACUUCUAUUUCAGAUACCCAUCUUUCCAGGAUGUUCAUGUGAUGAUCUUUGUGGGCUUUGGCUUCCUGAUGACGUUCCUCCAGCGCUACGGCUUUGGAGCUGUUGGGUUCAACUUCCUCCUUGCUGCCUUUGGGAUUCAGUGGGCACUCCUCAUGCAGGGCUGGUUCCACACCUUUGAGCAUGGGAAGAUACUUAUUGGAGUAGAAAGCCUGAUUAAUGCUGAUUUCUGUGUGGCUUCUGUUUGCAUUGCCUUUGGUGCCGUCUUGGGCAAAAUCAGCCCUGUGCAGCUGCUCAUCAUGACAUUGUUUCAAGUGACCCUUUUCGCUGUGAAUGAAUACAUCCUGCUGGAUCUUCUUCAUGUUAGAGAUGCUGGUGGAUCCAUGACCAUCCACACAUUUGGUGCAUACUUUGGGCUAACGGUAACCACCAUUUUGUAUCGACCCAAUCUGGAACAGACCAAAGAGAAGCAGAGUUCUAACUACCACUCAGACCUCUUCUCUAUGAUUGGCACCUUGUUUCUAUGGAUGUACUGGCCUAGCUUUAACUCAGCCUUGUCCAACCAUGGGGACGCCCAGCACCGAGCUGCCAUCAACACUUAUUGCUCCCUAGCAGCCUGUGUCCUCACCACAGUGGCCUUCUCCAGUAUGUUACAAAAGAAGGGCAAGUUGAAUAUGGUCCACAUCCAGAAUGCCACUCUGGCCGGCGGUGUAGCUGUGGGAACCUCUGCGGAGAUGAUGCUGACUCCAUAUGGCUCCCUCAUUGUUGGCUUCAUCUGCGGCAUUGUGGCCACUGCAGGAUUUGUUUACCUUAUGCCUUUCUUAGAGUCCAAGUUGCGCAUUCAGGAUACAUGUGGCAUCCACAACCUACAUGGAAUGCCAGGAGUAAUUGGAGGCAUUGUGGGGGCUGUCACAGCUGCCGCUGCAACAGAAGGAGUCUAUGGAAAAGAAGGGCUCAUCCAUGCUUUUGACUUCACAGGAGACCACAUGAAGAGGACUCCCAAUAUCCAAGGCGGGUUCCAGGCAGCUGGCAUUGCUGUGUCCUUGGGCAUGGCCUUGGCAGGAGGGGCCAUUGUAGGUGGCAUUUUGAAAUUGCCCUUCUUUGGAGAUCCCAUGGAUGAAAACUGCUUUGAGGAUAAUGUUUACUGGGAGGUACCUGGGGAUGAGGAGAGCAACCUGUACUGUAUGCAUGAUUCAAAUGCAAAGCCUGUGACUGACAACUGAUCCACUUGAACAAAUGCCCAAAAGGGCACUGCAGAAAACCAGAGAUAUCAUCGACAUCCCCUUUUGAGAUAACCUUCGGUGGUAUUUGAUCUCUUUUUACAUGUUAAGGUUUCCCUGGGGAGAGAAUUGCAGUUUUCUGGGAGACACAUCCAAUCCCCCUCAUUCAUCUGGGUGCAAAGAUGUUCUCCUGAGUGAAAAGAUGUUCUCCUUUGCAAGAUACAAUGUGUUUCCCUCAAAUCAAUUCGGGAGUUUUAUAUCUUUCCCACUUGUCAGGGAGCUGGAAAAUUCCUGAGCCAGAGACAAUCCAAAGAAAGAAAUCUUACAUCUUAAGUGCAGGGGAUCUGUGCAUGACAACGAAGGAGCAAGUGCCAACUCUGUCCAGUGAAAUACCAAAACAGCCAAGACCUGGAAUGCCAGUAUAUGGUUAGCGUGCUGGAAGAACUGUGAUGUGCAAUUGGACAAUGUUUUAAAUCUCUCCCUUUGAUAUAAAUGGAUCUGGAAAAUACUUAAGAUUGCUUAGAUUGUGUCCCCAGCUGUUUUUAAAAAAAAUGUUUUAUGCAAAGAUACUGUUUUAUUCUUUUGAUAUGUCCAUUUCUUCUUGUUGUAUAGUUCCUGUCCUUACAGUUAUUUCCCUCUGCUGCUGCUGCUUAAAAGCCCUUCAAACUUGUUUGGUUUUGUGAUGGAGGGGCUGAUGUAGGCCAGGAGAGGGCACCAAUGCAAGGGGCAUUUCCCCCCUGGUCCCACCCGGCAUGGCACAUCAUCACAUUUCUUUGUAGAGUGAAAGGGCCAUUUGUGUAGUUUUAAAUAAAUUGUUGUUGUUUUGGA